AAAGGAAAAGGUGAAGCGUUCUCAGUAUCGAGAAUACAAGACGCGCAUGUUAGCAUCUAAAUAGUAUCUGUCUAAAAACAUUUGAAAACAAGGUGCCGUUGCAAAGGCAGAACCCCGGAACCUUCAGAUUUGAGCUCCAAAACACAAACAGAUCCAGCCAUGGAGGAGCGGCUGCAGCAGUGGGCCAGCAGCCUCACCAGCACACACAAGAUCUUCUCUCAUGACGCACCCCUCGAGCCACGGCACUUCUCGCUGCUGUUGCAGGACAAGAAGCUUCAGCCGUGUCUGUCUUACUUGGUGCGGCACGUCCGUCCUGCCACUGAGGGAAGGCUGAUCAAGCUGAACCUCAAACACGCUCGGAUCAGGAAGAACCUGAAGGAGGAAGAUGAGGAGUCGUCUUCCCUCCACGAAUACCUGAAGCUUAAGUCUGCCAUCGUGGAGGCGCGGUCAGCCAUAGCAGCCGAGGCCACAGAGAUACAGCAGCUUAACCAGCGGAGGGAGGAGCUGCGUCAGAGUGAGACCGAGGUGCGUAGGAAGGCUGUGUUGGUAAGGGCGGCACGUCAGGACGGGGAGCAGCUGGCCAAGCACUAUGGCCUCUGGAGCGCCCAGCUGAGGGAGAUUGAGGAGGACCAGCAGCAGAGGGAGAGAAAGGCCUCCAAAGUCACCCUGGCUGUCAAGAAACGGCUGCACGAUGACCUGCUGGGCCUGGAGUGUGUGCACCAGGCAAUCCUCAGUGACCGCCCUGGUGGCCAGCACUCCCUGCACCAGAUGAAGGAACAUCUGUGGGAGAGUAUCGGGGAGGGAGUGGGGGAAUGGAGCCCCAGGAUGGCUGUGGAGGCUGUGGUCGGGGAGACGCAGGAUGGCCAGCGCGCUCUACGCAGCCACCUUCAGGGGGUGGACCUGGCCAGGGAUGCACAUGACCUCAGGGUGAAAUGUGAGAGUGACGGAACUUUCAUAGACGAAACGAACCCAAGCGGCGUGGUGGAGUCAGUCCAGGAGCUGCUGAGGCAGAUGAGCGCUGCCCAUGUGAGGCUCCAUCUGCAGGCCCACCAGGAGAACCAGGCAGCGCUGUCCCUGGGCCGGGUGCUUGCCACAAACACCAACAACAUCACCACAGUUGUCAAGAGGAGGUACGAGGACGAGGAGGUGGCCGCUGCCGUGCUGGAGCUGGUGAAGACAACGCUGGCCCUGGCAGGGGAGCGGGUGGCCCUGGCCUCGGCUCAGGCCUUCACCGCCUCCCUGCAGGACAAGGCUGACAUGGCCGCUCGCAUCCAGGCAGCCGUGAGGGACAAGCAUGCCAGGAUUGUGAACUUUGAGAAGGAAAUUCAAGAGAGGAUAGAGAGCAUGCAAUGUUUGGCGACCAGCGUGGAGGGCGGGCGGGAGACGGUGAAGCAGCUCGUGGCACAGCUGCGGGCCGACGUGGGCGAGGCGCUGACCCUCACCACAACACCCACGCCUGCCUCGACAAACCUAGCGGCCGAGUGUGAGAAGCUGGAGACCAUUCCUUUGGCGCACCUUCUGACGACUGAGAUGGAAACGUCGGAACGGAAGCCCAAAAUCAACAUGUCAACGGCCCCCCUGGUGUGGCAUAACCCUGAGGCGGCGGCCGGGGGAUGGCGAGCAGUGAACCAGCUGUGUGAGGGCAUGAGGUGCUGGGACGGUGUGUACGAGGCCGCCACCAAGCGCCUCCUCCUGACCGCCACUCUUCACCGCCAGAUGGAGCGGCUCACCAGUCUUCGGGAGGCCAUGGACACCACCAGGAAGCAGUCCGAGGCCAUCUCCAGCCUGGACACAAAAGAGCUCAUCAAGCAGGUGGAGGCGAAUGAUCAUAAGCUGGAGGAGCAAGUGACGGCAAUGCUGGCUGACUGUGAGAAGCAGCUCAAUGACGGCUUCCAGCUUGUGGCCAAGUUUGCGCAACACAUGUCAGACUGGUGGGAACAACCAGCAAAGAAGAUUGAAGUGAAAAAGUUACAGUUGCAUUGAAGUGCUGCUUUAUACAUUAGAGUAUUGUGGUCAUAAUUUCUUCAGUUAUGUAAAAAAAUUCUCAAUGAAUUCUAGAGCUCCACUGCUGUGCUUCAGG